AUGUCUGGACUCCGUGAGAUAGCAUGCAAACAGCCCAAGAAUCAUGAUCAGAUGACGGAACAAGCACCCCAAUUGCUGUUUGACGAUGGCUCCAGAGCAAUCCAGCAAACCUCAGCCUCCGAUGUAGAGACUGCAGCCUCACUGGAAUCAGCCAGAGGUUCGGGAGGUUCCAGUCCCAUUUCAAAAUUCUACGAAAUUGAUCGCAUUGCAGCUGGGAUUGUGGAAGUUGUGCGCCAAAAGAAGUGUACCGAGCAGCUGGAAGAAAGUUCAGAUCAUUGGUUUCCACCUGUGGAUCUUCAGUAUCCUGAUGCCAUCUUAUGCAACAGUCCAGAAGUUUUUUGGGAAAUGGAUGCCCUCGAGACCUCGAGAGGCUCUCAAGGACGUUGCGGCUGGGGAUACGGCCUUUGUUAA